AGCCCGUGACCCGGCAGAGCGCGCGGACCGCGGUCGCCAUGCACAGCCUCGGGCCCGCCUGCUGCUCGCUGCUGCUGGUCUUGGGACUCUGCCGGGCGCGCCCCCGGAACGUGCUGCUGAUCCUAGCGGACGAUGGAGGUUUUGAGAGUGGAGUGUACAACAACAGUGCCAUCGCCACCCCUCACCUGGACGCCCUGGCCCGCCGCAGCCUCGUCUUCCGCAACGCCUUCACCUCCGUCAGCAGCUGCUCGCCUAGCCGUGCCAGCCUCCUCACAGGCCUGCCCCAGCACCAGAAUGGCAUGUACGGGCUGCACCAGGACGUGCACCACUUCAACUCCUUCGACAAGGUGCGGAGCCUGCCGCUGCUGCUCAGCCAGGCCGGCGUGCGCACAGGCAUCAUCGGGAAGAAGCACGUGGGGCCGGAGACCGUGUACCCGUUUGACUUUGCGCACACAGAGGAGAACGACUCCGUGCUCCAGGUGGGGCGGAACAUCACCAGGAUUAAGCUGCUGGUCCGGAAGUUCCUGCAGACUCAGGAUGACAGGCCUUUCUUCCUGUACGUUGCCUUCCACGACCCCCACCGCUGUGGGCACUCGCAGCCCCAGUACGGAGCCUUCUGUGAGAAGUUUGGCAACGGGGACAGCGGCAUGGGGCGCAUCCCAGACUGGACACCCCAGGUCUACGACCCUCAGGAUGUGCUGGUGCCUUACUUUGUCCCCGACACCCCAGCAGCCCGAGCUGACCUGGCUGCUCAGUACACCACCAUCGGCCGCAUGGACCAAGGGAUCGGGCUUGUGCUUGAGGAGCUGCGUGGAGCCGGGGUCCUGAACAACACCCUGGUCAUCUUCACAUCCGACAAUGGGAUCCCCUUCCCCAGCGGCAGGACCAACCUGUACUGGCCGGGUACCGCCGAGCCCUUGCUGGUGUCCUCUCCGGAGCACCGGCAGCGCUGGGGCCAGGUCAGCGAGGCCUUCGUGAGCCUCCUAGAUCUCACGCCCACCAUCUUGGACUGGUUCUCCCUCUCCUACCCCAGCUACACCAUCUUUGGCUCCAAAACCAUCCAGCUCACGGGCCGGUCCCUCCUGCCAGCACUGGAGGCAGAGCCCCUUUGGGCCACCGUCUUUGGCAGCCAGAGCCACCACGAGGUCACCAUGUCCUACCCGAUGCGCUCCGUGUACCACCAGAACUUCCGCCUGGUGCACAACCUGGGCUUCAAGAUGCCCUUCCCCGUGGACCAGGACCUCUACGUCUCGCCCACCUUUCAGGACCUCCUGAACCGCACUGUGGCCGGCCAGCCCACGGGCUGGUACAAGGACCUGCACCACUACUACUACCGCGACCGCUGGGAGCUCUACGAUGAGCACAGCGACCCCCGCGAGACCCAGAACCUGGCUGCCGACCCCCGCUUCGCCCAGGUCCUGGAGGCGCUGAAGACCCGCCUGGCCAAGUGGCAGUGGGAGACCCAUGACCCCUGGGUGUGUGCCCCCGAGGGCGUCCUGGAGGAGAAGCUGUCUCCACAGUGCCGGCCCCUCCACAACGAGCUGUGACGUGGGGUGUCACACGGCCUCUCCUCUCCUGAAGGGGAGACCCCAUAUGCCCUACCUCCUCCCUUGGGGGGGAUGCCUCCAUAGCAGGGGACACUGUUGUCCUCGAGUCUGAGCCGUGCCCUGGCACAAGAACUGUGGGGGGUAGCCUGGGACAGGGUGGGAUCCCCAGCCCAGGCUUUCAGGGUGCGUUUGGGGAUCCCAAGACAAAAGGGCAGGGACCUUGAUCAGUGUGAGGCACCAGGGACAUUUCUGACCCCUCCACUGGAGGCAGCCGGACAUGGCCUCUGGCGUUACCAGCCCUGCUUGGCUCCACUGCCUUCCUUUGCCCACAGCCCCGCAUCCGCCCCAGGGGGUUCUCACUGGUUCUUGGUGGUGACAGGUUUAGUCCUGGGACCUUGCUGGGCAGAGCUGGUCCUUCUUUCUGAGCUGCUGGGGACGAGGUGUGAAAGGGCACCCUGUGGCUUGGGUUGUUUCUUGUGUGACACCAGGGUCUGGCUCCAUCCCUGCCUGCCUCUGCGUGCCCAGAAACUCAGCCUUGAAAAACUAGACAGAGGGUCCUCUCCCUCUAGCGGGGUCCCCUGCACUCCACUCCAUAUGGGCCUGGGGUGGGAGGAAACCACAGCCAGAGCCCUGUAAAAGCCGUUUAUUCCAUAAAACACACGGAAUCCACUUUCUGAA